AUGGCCGCGACAAGCAGCAGCGCGCACUUCAUCCAGCUGGCCAAGGCCCUGCCGCCGCGGCUCCAGCAGUUCCUCGCGCGGUACCCCCCGGCCACGAUCCUGCCCGCCAGCAGCGCCGCCGCCGAGGAGGGGGCCACGCCCUCGAACCCGCGGGUCACUGGCUACCAGCAGGACCGGCCGAACCCCUUCCUGCCGAUGCGCCACCCUGUCACGGGCAAGUGGCACGACCCCGUGUAUUCGCUGAGGAGGCAGGCCGAGCUGGUCAAGCUGGCGCGCGAGCACGGCGUCGAGGAGCUGCUGCCCCCGACGCCCAAGGGCACCGAGGAGAGGCUGCGGAGGAGAGUCGAGUUCGGCCUGCGGGUCAAGGGUACCGGCGUUGGGCAACAGGUCAAGGGUCACGCGCACGAGAGGCAGAUGGUUGCAAAGUACGUAUCACCUCAGGGAGGAGGAGAGCAGACACCUGCUGGAUAUUUAUAUGAGAGAAACGAGGCUAACGACUGGACUUUUGCACAGGAUGGAGAAGAGGAGAGAAGCCAUGCUCAACAUGCCGAAGCUCAUCAAGGAAUGGAAGCAGGUUGGAAAGAAGAACUGGACCAGAUUCCCCAGUCAAUACAUCUAGGCUUAGGAAAGGCUAGUACAUCUCAGGAGCAUAAUAUGGCAUGCUAUGUGACCCUACAAUUUGCGAACUCGGUCAUGGUCGACGGCGAUCUUGGACCACCACGUUCUCCCGGAUCUUGA